AUGAAGAAGAAGACAACGACGACAUUAAGGAAGAAAAAGGUGGUGGCCAGACUCGUCUUCGUUCUUUUUGUUCUCGUGUUUCUUCUUCUUCUUCUUCUGUUUAAUACGUCGAACGACAACAACAGCGAGAACAACGGACACCAUCUUCGAAAUGGGAGGAACCCUUCGUCUUCUUGCGACGAUGAGAGUAUUGCGAACAACAAGAACAAGGAAGAAAUGUUGGACAGGUUUCGCCGCGCGUGGUUAGUAGCAGAUGAUGAUGAUGAUGAAUCGUCGUAUUCGGUGUCACCAGAUGCGACGACGACGAGGACACAGACGACGAGAGAAAAAAGUGCGAUAAUAAACUCUUUUAAAGGUCCGUUAACGUUACACUCGAAACUGGGGCCGAAACUCCCGAAAGUACCGAAAGCGAACGGGGAGAUGGAAGAUUUAGGUUUAGUUUCGAAACUGGACGCGAAGAAUUUACCGGAACGAGACGCGUUGGAGGAGUUACGCGAGCGAGAGUUUAAAACGUGCGCGGUCGUCGGGAACGGAGGGAGUUUGUUGUUGUACGAACACGGCGAUGUGAUAGACGCGCACGACGCGGUGUUUCGAUUUAACGACGGGACUGGAAAAGAGCCGUAUUCGAAAUACGCCGGGACGAAAACAACCGUGAGAUUAGUGAAUUCGCAACACCGAGGGUACAGAGAAUCGGAGGAAGAAAUCGUUUUGCAACACCUGACGGCGCCGGCGCAUUUGAAAUUGUACGUCUCCAAUCGAGCGAAGAAGUUAGUCAACGCGAAAGAUUACGCUCUGAGUGGCGCGUUUUAUUCGUUCGUAAAGAAUAGAAUCGAUAAGAAAUCAACGCCAACGAAUGGUAUGUACGGUCUGUAUUUAGCGCAAUCCGUGUGCGAGAAGAUUACGAUUUUCGGUUUCGCCCGACAGUGGUACAACGCGACAAGGUAUCAUUACCACAACGAUUACGAACCGACGGGGAGUCAAAACGCCAGAGAUUCCGCGGAGAUGAUUCCGUUGGAGAAACUCGUGAGAGACAAACCAACGAAAGUGAUGUUUGGAGAACCGUGCGUGGGUGGUGGCGGUAGUAGUAGUAGUAGUAGUAGUAGUAGUAGUAGUAGUAGUAGUAGUACUCGUAAUAGCGACAGAUGUCUGUUGUGCCCCAAAGGGAGUCGCUGCGACGACGCGUCCUGGGUCCCGAUCCCGGACGUCGGAUACAAAGCCAUGCCGAAAGAAAAAGUGUGCUUGUAUCCUGCUCGCUCGGUGGAAGGUCCGGCGCGAUACGGCAAUAUAGACGCGCGCGAGCGAUGUUACGAGCAACCCAAGGUGGAUUGUUUCCUUCCUAGAAGUUAA